AUGGGAUCCUUAUCAGAUUCAAGUCACUCAUUGAAUUGCCAUUCGACUCAUUCUGAUAGUGAGAAAGAUGAAGCAGUUGGGAAUGAUGCAGUAGCUAUCUGUCAGCAAGCUAAAAACAAGGAACUAGAAGUUGCAGCAGCAAUAGAAGGUGUAGAGGAAGCUCCAACUCAGGCAUCCUGCGGCGAGCCGAAAAAGAGAAGAAGAGAAAAUAGAAUGAAGAAGGCUUCCCCGAGGUCCUUUAUGUGGGAUCAUUACGAGAAGUAUGACAUAACACUGUACAUUGAAAAAGAUGGGAAGAAAGAGGAAUGUGGAUUUGAGAAACGAGCAAAAUGUCGGUAUUGCACCGCUGACCUUGCUGCUGAUUCUUCAUUUAAUGCGCACUUCAUAGAUAGUGGUUGGAAUUUGCACAAGAGAAUCUUGAACUUUUGUGUAAUUCUCAAUCACAAAGGCACAACAAUUGGAAAGCUGUUAGAAACAUGUUUGCUGCAGUGGAGGAUAGACAAGGUAUUGACUGUGUCUGUUGAUAAUGCUAGUGCAAAUAAGGUGGCAACAGAGUAUCUACAAAGAAAAAUGGCUGGAUGGAAGAACCCCCCAAUGUUCGGCGGCAAGUUUAUGCAUGUGAGGUGUUUGGCUCACAUCUUUAACAUUAUUGUAAGGGCUGGUUUGAGAAUUAUGGAUAGAGGUUGUGCUGCAAUCCGAAAUACUGUGAAGUAUAUUAGAAGUAGUUCCAACAGAUUGGACUGCUUCAAGGUGUGCGUGGACAAGGAGACGGUGGAAGGCCACGUAGAUUCUCAAAAAAUUCCAGCUUUGGAUGUUCCAAUGCAAUGGAAUUCCACAUUUUUAAUGCUCGAUAUAGCUUUGGAGGUGAGGCCAACUUUUGAUCGGAUGGCUGAUGAGGAAGAAAAUAAGUACAAAGACUAUUUUGAUGAAGAUGAAGAGGUUGAGGAGGAAGAAGAUACCGAAAUUGGGAUUCAAAAAAGAUCAGUUCAACCAAGAAAAAGAGUUGGGCCACCAGUAAAAGCAGAUUGGGAGAAAGCUGAAAUUUUUGUGAAGUUCUUGAGGGUUUUUUACGAUAUGACAAUGAGAAUCAGUGCAACCAAACAUCCCACUGCUCACAAAGCUUUUCAUGACAUUGUAGCAAUAGAAGCUGAGAUUAAUGCAUUCUUUGUGCCUCCAGAGAUGAGUGAUGGAACUCAUGGAAGUGAAACUGAACUUCUAAUGAUGGAGAUUGCAAUGAAGAUGAGAGCGAAGUUUAGGAAGUAUUUUGGAACGGUUGAUGAUAUGAAUCAGUUGCUAUUAGUAGCCCUUGUUUUGGAUCCUCGAUUCAAGUUGAAAAACAUUAGUCACAUAUGUUUAACUCACCUCCAGUUUGAUGCUGCCGAAGCAAAGACCAAGGCCAAUGAAGUCAAGGAGCUGUUAGUUUCCUUAACUGAUCUCUAUAGAUCAUCAACCAAUGCAUCUUCAAAGACCACAUCUUCCAAGUCCAAGGAGAAGACCAAGAAAAUGUCCGAGAAAAUGGUUGAGAUUUUAGAAGGUUGGCAAAGAGCCCUAGCUGAAUCGGACGAAGUUGUUGUUGAGAGUGAAGUUGACCGGUAUCUACUUGAUCCAAUGGAGAAUCCCAAAGAUGAAGAUUGGCAGCUGCUUGAUUGGUGGAAGAUAAACGGCUGCAAGUAUCCAAACCUUGCUCUUGUUGCAAGAGAUGUACUUGCAAUCCAAAUGUAG